GUGUUCCAUGUAAAAUCUGGACUGCAGCAACGCCUCACGACUUGUCUUUUUUUUCUCCCACGAUGCUGUGCGGCAGGGGUUGUCUUGUGUGCGCGCUGUUUGUGGUGCUGAAGCUGCGCGUGCCUCGGAGGUUGCUACCAUAGAAAUCCACACAAGCAUCCUUCCGCGAGAGGACCAGAAGGAGGAAUCAUGUUUUCGACGAUUGGGAAAUAAGAUGUUUCUGCCAACUGUUUAAGCCUUACAUUUAUCUUUUUUACAACAUCCUUCUUCAAGCACAAGUUAACAAAGCGUAGACGUUUCUGAAGCCCUUUUCUUGGCUUUUUUUCGAGGCUCGACUUCUCUCCGGUGCCGCCGCCUGCCCAUCAGUCUUUGCCGCUUCAUCCCACAUCCUUUAUGCACAGCACGCUGCUCCGGUCCUCCCCAACAAAACACACAUUCGGGUCCGAGCACCAUGGCCCGCUCCCGGCGCUUUCACUAAGAGACAUGGAAGCCAAACAACACCCGAUAAAGAGCCUCAGAAGCUACCCGGAAACCGGCGGCCGGAGCCUGGCAGCGGCCGCCGGAGGAGACGGCGGGUAUAAAGCCGACUCGGCUGAAACGGAGAUGGAGGCGAAUAUCAAGAAAGCCAUAGACUUCAAGGUGGAGGGUCACCGCUGCUACAAAGAGAAGAAGUUUCGGGAAGCAAUCGGCAAGUACCACCGGGCGCUACUGCAACUCAAAGGGGUGCAUGUUGUCGACGGGACGACGGGCUCCGAGGUCAACCUACUGAACCAACCCUCGACCAAGCUGACCGAGGAACAGCGGAGAACCGUGGAGAGCACCGAGAUCGAGUGUUACGACAGUCUGACAGCGUGUCUGUUGCAGUCGGAGCUGGUGAACUAUGAGAGGGUGAAGGAGUACUGUCUGAAGGUGCUGAGCCACCAGAGAGACCACUUCAAGGCCAUGUACCGAGCCGGCAUCGCCUUCUAUCACCUGGGCGACUACGAAUGUGCUCUACGCUACCUGCGUGACGCCAAGAACCGCGAACCCACAGACACCAACGUGCUGCGGUACAUCCAGCUGACAGAGAUGAAGAUAAGCAAGAGCGGUCAGCGGGAACGAGAGAGCGGCAAAGAGACCCAGGGCUGACCCUCAACCUUUUUACUCCCCUCCACACCUUUCAACCUUUGACCCCACAUUGAUCCUCCCUCUCUCCUCCUCUAUCGAGUCCUGACAGCAGCACAGCCCACAGAAGAGACGGACCCAAUCACCCGCCUAGCGAAAAAACGGGAGACAAAUCAAGCUCCUCCUUUUCCUGCUCUUCCCUCUUCUUCUUCCUCUUUUCUCCGCUGCUGUGUUUCCUCUCCCUAGACGCAGACAGUCGAGCAAACAUAAACAAGAAAUGCUGUAUUAUACUCAAAUGAAACAGUCAUCGUGGUGGAAUGAAAAGGAGCUUCAAAACAUACUUAUGAAUAAUGGACAUUUGCAUAAUUUAGUAAAUGUUUUAUAGACAUAAAAUGCAUUUUGUUUCUGCUCUCUUGCUCUCUCUUUUUCUAUCUGCCUUCUCUCUCUCCGUCUUAUUUUGAAUUCUUGAGAAAAAUAUCGGGGUUGGGAAGCUUGACCACACAAGGAGGACGGCAGGACUGUGUGUGGACAUAAGCGGUGGAUAAUGAAGAGUGUGUGUGACACAUAUCAAGACCAUAGCCCCAUUUGAUUGUACAUCCCCCCCCAAUAGGGCACACUCAGGCUCCUUACGCAGACUGUAGGGCAGACUAGCCCGGGAAACCUUUCAUCAAGUAAAGAAAACGCCUGCCGCUGUGCUUAAUCUCUCGCUCUACUGUCUUACUUUUCUUUCCCGGAUGCCGUGUAUCUCAGUUUCUGGACAGAUUUUUUUUAAUUCAAGGGCUAUUUUGCAUUGUUUGUAAACCGUUGCUAGGGUUUUUAAUUUGGUUUGGGCAUAAUCAUAUUCGUAGUAAUUCAUCAGUUGUUAACAGCAUCUGUGUCUCCAGCAGUUCCUGCAGGCAUCAGGUGCGCUGUUGUGGUAACUGGUGUGUCUUGAAUCUGUUGUCCAAAGCCACUUCUGGGCCGUGUGUUGUUGUAAAGACUGUCGAAAAGCCCCUCCCGCCCUCCCUACCCUGUUCUCCGGUUAAUGAUGUCACAAUGGAAAAUAGCCAAUGGGACCAGAGUUCCAUCAACCGCCGUUGGCUGGAUGGAAGACCACUUAAAAGUUUCACAGCGAGAAAUACAUUAAAGUUUCCAAACAGAGGUCCAACCCUUUAUCACUAAUGCUGAAGCUCCGAAGACAUCGAUAACACUGCGAGGAGACUCUGGGCAGCAUUAGUGCAGGAAAACAAUUACAGACGCACUGUCCUGACAGUCCAGAUUGCCAUCUUGGAGCACUCACAUUUAGGGCACUUCAACAAGAGUGUUGCCAUUUGAGAUUUCCUCCUUUAGUUUUCUGAUAGAUAAAACAUCUGUGUUGGAAAAUGGUUCCAAACAUAGAGCUGUAAGGACAGAUAACACACAACAUUAGCUUUAGACAACACUUAUGGAUAUGUGUGUGGAAAUCCAUGGUUAGCUGUCAAAAGAUGCAUAAAUAAUUUUCUUCUCUUGUGACUUGUGAAGCUGAAUCAUUGAUAAUGCAAAUAUUGCUUUUAUAGCUUUACCACAUGUUUAGAUCUGCCUGUGCUGUUCUGCAGAAGGUUGGAUCGAUGAUUUGUGAAAGCAUGACCUGAAUUUCCCUUCGCUCUGAUGCCAUGAGACUCAGUUUCCUCUUUCCCGUGUGCAAGCCCACCUCCUGCAUGUAACGUGUGGCUCCAAAGAGUUACUUCAGAUGUUUGGGAUAAGGAUUGUGUCUGCUCUAUUGCUUUCUGUCACUGCAUGCUGCCACACUGUUCUUCCAUACCUCUAUUUUAAUCGCCCUGCCCUUUAUAAACACAGAAGGUGGUGACAGACUGUGAUCACAGCAGUAGAAUAGGUAGCAAAAAACUCUGGAAAGAAAACAGGACUAAUCAAUCAGGGUCACCUUCUGCCUCGGCAAAGGUGAGAGAUCAGCGAUUCCACCGCUUAAGAUAUUUAAAAAGGAAAUCAAAUCAAAGAAAGAUGCUGUAAAAGAUUUCCCCUCCCUAUUUUUUUCAGUGCCCGGCUGGAGGCAAAUAGGGAUCUACGUGUGUCAAUGGGACUCUGGAGAGACGGCACCAUGCGUUGAGGGGACCGGCAUGAUACAGAGAGGCUCCAGUGGGGGGACAAGUAGGCCGAUAUUCAGCUGCAGCUCCAGGUCACUCCUGCAGCAGAGACACAUCGUUACAAAGAGUUCAGAGCUCAAAUUUAUCAUCAUACAUUAAAUGGCUGAAAGUAUGUGGGCACCUGAGCGUUAAACCCAUAUACGAUUACUGAACGUCACAUACACAAACUUCAGCUCCUGCUGUAACAUUGUCCGCUGUUCUGAGUUACAACAUAGUGCAGUUAUAUCACACUAUGAUUUCAGACACUCAAAUUAAAUGGCAGACAAUAAAUAUAGUGCCCUAUGUAAAGUAAUUUAAGACUUUAAGGUGUUACUUUAUUGUUGCAUUAAGAUUAGGCCCUAACCAAAAGAAAAUUAAGUGUGGAAUCAGGGGUAUCCAUUUCCUUUUAUUAGCCAUAUAGUGCACAUGAUAGGAGAUCCAUCUCAAUAUAAUUAAAAAACUAUCGAUGGCUGUGUUGCAGGAAUAAAGUU